AUGUGGAAGGCAGAUAUCAUAGAGUCACCACCGGGCACCAGCUACCGUUCUGUCAUGGAGGAAUACGGCUAUGAGGUGGGCAAGGUCAUUGGCAAUGGCUCCUACGGGACAGUGUACGAGGCUUACUUCACAAAGCAGAAGGUCAUGGUGGCUGUCAAAAUCAUCUCAAAGAAGAAGGCCUCUGACGAAUAUCUUAACAAGUUCCUGCCCCGUGAAAUACAGGUGAUGAAGGUCCUGCGGCACAAGUACCUCAUCAACUUCUAUCAGGCCAUUGAGACCACAACGCGGGUGUACAUCAUUCUGGAACUGGCUCAGGGUGGUGACAUCCUUGAGUGGAUCCAACGCUAUGGUGCCUGCUCUGAAGCCCAGGCUGGCAAGUGGUUCUCCCAGCUGACCCUGGGCAUCGCUUACCUGCACAGCAAGGGCAUUGUGCACCGGGACUUAAAGUUGGAGAACCUGUUGCUGGACAAGCGAGAGAACGUGAAGAUCUCGGACUUUGGCUUCGCCAAGAUGGUGCCUUCAAACCACUCUCUGCGUAGUAACUCUCCUUACCGCCAAGUGAACUGCUUUACUCACCUCAGCCAGACCUACUGUGGCAGCUUUGCUUAUGCCUGCCCGGAGAUCUUGCUAGGCUUGCCCUACAACCCUUUUCUGUCUGACACCUGGAGUAUGGGUGUCAUCCUCUACACUCUAAUGGUCGCCCAUCUGCCUUUCGAUGAUACCAAUCUCAAGAAGCUGCUGAGAGAGACACAGAGGGAGGUCACUUUUCCAUCCAGCAUCACCAUCCCGCAGGAGUGCAAGAAUCUGAUCCUCCACAUGCUCCGCCAAGCCACCAAGCGUGCCACCAUCCUGGACGUCGUCAAGGAUCCCUGGGUGAUCAAGUUUCAGUCCGAGCAGCCUACCCACGAAAUUAGGCUGCUUGAGGCCAUGUGUCAGAUCCCCUUCAGUGCCACCUCGAAUCGUCACCAAUCCUUGGAUUACCACAUAUGA